AUGCCCGCUCCACACGGUGGUGAACUAAAAGACCUGAUCGCUCGCGAUGCUUCCAUCAAGUCGAAAUUGCUCCACGAGGCCUCUGAGUCGUCGCUCAAAUGGAACUUGACGGGCAGACAGAUCUGCGAUUUGGAAUUGAUCCAAAAUGGUGGAUUCUCACCUUUAUCCGGGUUCUUAAAUCAAAAGGAUUACGAAAGCGUCCUUCACAACUCGAGGCUGACUAGCGGGCUGGUUUGGACAAUCCCUAUUACUUUGGAUGUCACGGAGAAAUUUGCUGCUCAACUGAAGCCAAAGGCGAGGGUCACUCUGUUGCAGGAUGAUCAAAUUCCGGUUGCCAUUUUGACUGUCACUGACGUUUACAAGCCCGACAAGAAGGUUGAGGCCAAGCAAGCUUUCAGAGGUGAUCCGGAACAUCCAGCAGUUAGCUAUCUGUACAACACUGCAGGAGACUACUACGUCGGCGGUGAAAUCCAAGCUAUCCAAUUGCCGGUCCACUACGACUACCCAGGUUUGCGUAAGACUCCUGCUCAAUUGAGAUUGGAAUUUGAAUCCAAACAAUGGGAUCGUAUCGUGGCUUUUCAAACACGUAACCCCAUGCACAGAGCCCACAGAGAACUCACCGUAAGAGCCGCGAGAGAGCAAAAUGCAAAGGUCUUGAUUCACCCCGUUGUCGGGUUAACGAAACCGGGCGACAUCGACCAUCACACUCGUGUCAGAGUUUACCAAGAGAUUAUCAAGAGAUACCCAAACGGCAUGGCACAGCUCUCGUUACUUCCUUUGGCUAUGCGUAUGGGUGGCGAUCGUGAGGCUGUGUGGCAUGCCAUUAUCAGGAAAAACUACGGUGCUACUCACUUCAUUGUUGGGAGAGACCACGCAGGCCCUGGAAAGAACAGUGCCGGCGUCGAUUUCUACGGUGCAUAUGAUGCUCAAGAGCUUGUAGAGUCCUACAAGAAUGAACUAGACAUUGAAGUCGUUCCCUUCAGAAUGGUAACUUAUUUGCCAGAUGAAGAUAGAUACGCUCCAAUUGAUCAAAUCGACCUUUCUAAUACUUCCACUUUGAACAUCAGUGGGACUGAACUGAGAAACCGUUUGAGAUCUGGUGGUGCCAUUCCAGAAUGGUUCUCUUAUCCAGAAGUGGUCAAGAUUUUGAGAGAAUCCAACCCACCAAGGCCCAAACAAGGCUUUGCCAUCGUUUUAUCCAAAGAAUUGACCGACAACCAACAAUUGUCGAUUGCAUUAUUGUCGACAUUUUUGCAAUUUGGCGGAGGCAGACAUUUUAAAGUGCUGGAGCACGACGAUGACUCCAAGGUUUUAGAACUAGUGCCAGAUUUCAUCAGAAGCGGUUCUGGUUUAAUCCUUACCGAGUCUAAGGAUGUCGCAGGUGUGACCAAUGCUUACCUCGUUGGUGCAGGUGAGGGGGCGGACAUCAAGCUCGACUCAAGUGACGAAAGUGUUUUGCAUGUUGUGCAAAAAGUAGUUUUGUUUUUGGAAGACAAUGGCUUUUUCACAUUCUGA